CACGGUGACUCAGCCUGUAGGCGGCCUCUCCACCGCGUCAGAACACUUCUCCAAUCUGUCUGGAGCGAGAGCAGACUGCAGCCCAUCCUCAAGUUUCACUAGAUGCUCGGACAUCACACACACAUGUACAUAUACACACACACACACAAUGAGCUCUGUCUCUUAACUGGAAACACUUAAUUUCAUGCCUUGGAUUUAAGCAACCACGGAUUCUUGCUCCAUAUGAGGAAGAAAAUCUUGAAAGCACCUUGUCUCCUCUUGAGUCUGUUCACAAGUUUAAAUCUCUGCUCCGGAAAAUUUGGGACGCCGAUUACUGACGAUGUGAGCAAGCUGUCAUUAUUGAAGCAGAAUAUCCCCUCUGAUUAUGAGAUUCCUGUUAGUUACAUUCCCAAAGAAGUGGCUGGCACGUGCUGGGUCGUGUUGAACAUCUAUCCUUUGGAGCAGAGUCUAAGGAAGCUAGCCAACAUGUUUGGCACCAUUUCCUCCAACAAAGAAAACAUAGUCGUCUUCAUUGCGAUGCUGAAGAGUUUACGCUUCACCUUUGACCAUGAGGAGCUCAUCCCCCAGGAAACUGCGAUGCAACUCUUCCAGUGUCACUAUCAGGAAGGGCGCUUGACAUCGGGCCUUUACUUUGACUACAUCAAAGACGUCUUACAUGCGGCCUCCAAAGGAACAUCCGGUUUCUCGUGCAAGCCACCACCAUGCCUUAAUUCACAACAAAUACCAGGUGGUCAGCGGGAGGGUCGUAAGUACAACUGGUCCAACAGAUAUCCACUGCUUCUGGCUCUCAUCCCCUUCACAGCUUGUGUUGUCAUCAUAGUGUGGCUGGUCAAGUCUAGGAAAGCUAUUACCAGUUUGCAACACUGAAAAUAGCCAAAUGGCCCCUUCUGACACGCUCUCAAACUGUGUCUAUCUCCAUCCCACUUCAAACACUCACCCACGCCGCUGACACUCAGCCAGUGGGGGAGGCACAUGAGAGCGGAUGAAGCAUGAUUAAUAGAAAAGGGAAAUCUGCAACACAGAAUAACAACUCACUCUCCAGGUUCUUCUGUUAGUGCCAGGAGCCUUCUGGAUAAACAAGUGUUUUUUCUGACACUGACAUCUGAGUGCACGGACUACGAGAGACGACUCACCUGCUGUGAAAGCGGGUGUGUCACAAAAAUAUUCCCCAAGCACUUCUGGCACUUAACUAUCCAAAGAGGUUUUUGGGAGCAGCGGAAGAACGCCUUACACACUGGCUGGCUGUGAUCCAAAAUGGCUGGUGAAAGUACAUUAGUUGUCUUGUCUUGGCCAGUGUUUAACAGCUUUUUAUUUUUUAUUACUGCCUCAUGUCAAUUCAGGGUGUUGCCAUGCUCCAGUUUUGAGCUAUCUGCGGAGGCUUGAAUCAAACACUUUGUUUGGCAGAAGUCUUUACCUGUUGAGAUGGGACUCCUGUCAUCAAUUUGUUUGCUGUUAGUUUCCGAGACUCACUGCUGUAGAGUAAACAGUCAACACACUGAAUCCUACCUGCUCUACGUCUACUGAAAACAUAUUGGGGGGGUACAUGAUGCACAUGCCUAUCAAUACUGCUUUUUGGUAAAGCAUCAGAGGUAAAAAGGGGAAUCAAAGAGCAGCUUGUCUUGUUGACUUGUUGACUUGAUUCCAAUUUGUCAAAUUACAAACCUGCUAUAGUCACGAACAACAGGCCGAGCACUUUGACAAGCGCUCUGCUUUGUGUAUCAAAGAUCUGACCAGAUGGUAGAUAGCCAUCGCCAGAGGCUCUUUGAAUCCCUUCAUUGUAUUUCAAAGCUGUUGCCCAGUGAUCUAUCGCUGCUGCCCGGGCACAGUCAGUGUGUUUUUAAAGCCUUAUUCACUGAGUCAAUCAUGUUCAGUCAUGAGAACAUGACUUACCCGAAUGUGAGCGCUGUUGUGCUGCAUGUGUCAGAGGGAGGGAGGGAGAGACAGGACAGACAGGACGGGGGAAAGUGAGGGAGAUAGGGAUGGAUAGAUGGACGGUCGGAUGAGCUCAGUGAGAAGCAUAAGGAGGGCUUGUUCUCGCCACAAAAGAACUGGCCGUAGGCUGGAGGAAAUGCCAGUUACAAACGCGACUGAUGUCGGCAGACCCGUAUGAGUCGGCAGGCAAAGAAUCUCCAGACCACAUACGCUUUGUAGCCUCAAAUACAGAGGAUGGUCAGUAUAUCUGAAUGACAGUUUUCUGUACUCGUAUGAUUUACUGCCGAGACACAUCAAUGAAAUAUGGGAAGAUAUACCUUUAUUCAAAAUGUAGUGCAUGAGGUCUACAACAAUUGUUUUUUUCUGGUGACCCAAAUUGCAUACUUUUCUUCUUUUUUUUUUAUUCGGUGGUGCAUUUGUAUUGUAUGAGAUGUUUAAGUUAUUUUGUUACUAGUAAAAAAAUAUUUAAUGAUGUUUUUAUUGUAAUUUUGCAAAUGGAAAAUAGACCAAGUAAUGAAUGUAUACAGGGUUUGACAAAAUACUGUGAACAUUCUGGGAAAAACAAUUAUUAUAAGUAACUAAAUGAACAUUAUAAUCUGCUACUGUAAGAAGAUGUAACAGAUUAUAAUGACCAUUUGGCCCGUUUUACUAAAUGUUUACAAUAUUUGUUCUACCCCAAUGUCAGUGUUACUGUAUAUGUAUUUUCUGUGACAAUGUCAAAAAUAUAUAUAUAUUGGUACAUCAUAUUAUUGUUGUCUGCAAAAUAAUGAUGCAUUUUUUUAUUGCCAUAGUUGUUGAUUGCACAAAUGACAAUAGCAUCAAUAAAAUGUGUUGGUGAUUCAAUUUGUAAUAAUUAAACCGCAGGUAUGUUUGUUAUGCAA